AUGAGACAGCGCCUUGAUUUACCCGAGGCGGCCGCCCUCAAGUUACGAUCGGAAAGCCGGCGUCGCCCAUUGGCCCGCCCCAACGGCCGUUUUAUUCGCCAUUGCGGAAUACAUCGUCGUCAAUUCUGCUUAGGGCUUGAGACGCGAAAUAUGGAAAGGCUGCCGCAGUUCAACGACGUCGCUGUUGCGGACCGCGUUCAGGCAGAGCGGCGCCGCUUCCUUGCCAGCUUCAAAGACGGCGACGUGUUGCGCGUGGCGUCCUCGCAUCACCCAUCAAAGCAGCCCUGCCGCUUUUUUCAGCAGGCGAUACCUGGGAGCUACAAUAUCUGCUACUUUGUCGAGUUUCCGGCGACGGGUGAGCGAUGGACGGUCCGGAUCCCGAUCCGCCCGUGCCUUGCCCACGGUGGCCGGUCCAAGCUGGCGUCGGAAGUGACGACUAUGAAGUACGUGUGCUUGACUCAAGUAGAAUUGGAUUGGAAAGCAUCUAAUACGGACUCCCCCCUUUCGCGAUACCUAAUACUUGACUACGUCGAGGGCACGCUAUUAAGUUCGGUCAAUAUCCAGCGUCUGGACAAGGAGAAGAGGAACCAACUAUAUGAAUCGCUGGCCAAGGUUGUUCUCCAGCUCCGAAGACUUACGUUUCCAUCCUUUGGCAGACUGUAUCGCGCUGGCGGCAACGAGCUCCGUGUUUCCAACGACAUCACUACUCAAGACAUAAACACGCAAGAACUAGAAGGUCUUGAUCCCCGUCGCAUACAACAGGAGUGCUACGGCGAGCGUGACUUGCUACCAAAUGCCUCACAUUAUACAGAAACCCUUAUCCGCACGGCAUACAAUGGCUUCUUCAAAGGCGCCGACGGCGUCGACCCCGACAUGAUUGAGAGCAGCCUAUACCAUCUCGAUCUCUUCCGCCAGCACGCCGCAUUCUGGCUCGACCCUAAGAUCUCGCCUGUGCAAUUCGUCCUGAGCCACGGCGACUUUACACCCAACCACAUCCUGGUCGACGAAAGCACCAUGGCCAUCACGGCGGUGCUGGACUGGGGAUGGAGCCGGGUCGUACCCGUGCAGUACCUCAUCCCGCCGCUGUGGCUGCAACACGCCGAUGUACCCAAGCUCGCCUGGAAGCACGCCUACGACGGCUACGUAUCCCGCGAGCUCGCCGCCUUCCUCGCCGUCGUCCGCGCCGAGGAGCGCCGCGCGUACCAGAGCAGCGCCCUCGCCGACCAGUGGGACCGGACCAAGCACGACGGCGGGUUCCUUAUUGCGCACGCGCUCGAGCACAGGCACGACAUGGACGCCGUCGCGUUCCGCUACCUCAACGCGCGCUACUACGGCGGCACGUCGGACCUCGACGGUCGCAUGGCGCGCUUCCUCCAGGACGAUCCGCUGCGAGGCCUGGUUAUUGACAUGAAGGCGCGCCAGGCCAGGGGCGGUGGGGCGGCGGAGUGCGUGCGGCCGACGCAGAGCAGCAGUAGCAGCAUCGCCAGCCGGUUGUGGCCGGUCUCGUCGGCGCUGCAGGGCAGCAUGAUGCUGCUCUCCACCGGCGUGGGGUACGGACUGUGGCGGCUGGCUCUGGCGUCGGCGCGGCGGCCGCCUCGAAUAUAG